AUGCGAGGACUUGCUCUGGGGCUAAGCCUCAUUGGCAUUGCCAAUGCUGCCUGUCCAUACAUGACGGGUGAAAUCCCCUCUAACUACAACCCUCAUACUAAUCUCCGUCGGGAUGACGGGUCGGAAGAUGCUUCUGCUGAGACUGAAGAGUUUCUGUCCCAGUUCUACCUUAAUGAUUCAAGUGUAUAUAUGACUUCUGAUGUCGGUGGUCCCAUUGAAGACCAGAACAGCCUCAAAGCGGGUGAGCGGGGUCCAACUCUGCUUGAAGAUUUUAUUUUUCGUCAGAAAAUCCAACGGUUUGAUCACGAGCGGGUUCCUGAACGUGCUGUUCAUGCUCGUGGUGUCGGCGCCCAUGGUGUCUUCACUUCCUAUGGUGACUGGUCAAACAUCACCGGCGCUUCGUUCCUGUCUGCCGCAGGCAAGGAGACCCCUGUCUUCACUCGUUUCUCCACUGUUGCUGGUAGUCGUGGAAGCGCCGAUACUGCCCGUGAUGUUCACGGGUUUGCCGUCCGUCUUUACACGGACGAAGGAAAUUUUGACAUCGUCGGAAACAACAUUCCUGUUUUCUUUAUCCAAGAUGCUAUUCUUUUCCCAGAUUUGAUCCACGCUGUCAAGCCCCGUGGUGAUAAUGAGAUUCCUCAAGCUGCCACGGCCCACGACUCAGCCUGGGAUUUCUUCAGCCAGCAACCCAGUGCAUUGCAUACUCUGCUGUGGGCCAUGGCUGGACACGGUAUCCCCCGGUCUUUCCGACAUGUUGACGGCUUUGGAGUGCACACCUUCCGUCUGGUCGCAGAGGAUGGUACUUCAAAGCUUGUCAAGUUCCACUGGAAAGGUCUGCAGGGUAAGGCUAGCUUUGUGUGGGAAGAAGCCCAGCAGGUGGCUGGCAAGAAUUCAGACUUUAUACGUCAGGAUCUGUGGAAUUCCAUUGAAGCCGGGCGGUAUCCCGAGUGGGAGCUUGGUGUCCAAAUCAUGGAUGAAUCUGAUCAGCUCCGAUUCGGAUUUGACCUCCUAGAUCCUACUAAAUUCGUCCCAGAGGAACUUGUCCCUGUUACCAAACUGGGCAAGAUGACGUUAAACCGCAACCCUUACAACUACUUUGCAGAGACAGAGCAGGUCAUGUUCCAACCUGGACAUAUUGUUCGCGGUGUGGAUUUCACAGAGGAUCCUCUACUCCAGGGUCGUAUUUUCUCCUACCUUGACACUCAAUUGAACCGUCAUGGUGGCCCCAACUUCGAACAACUUCCCAUCAACCGUCCGCGUGUACCAAUUCACAACAACAACCGCGACGGAGCAGCGCAAAUGUAUAUCCCUCUCAACAAAGACGCUUACACACCAAACACACCUAACAGCGGCUCCCCCAAACAAGCCAACCAAACCGUCGGCAAGGGUUUCUUCACCGCACCUGGCCGCACAACAAGCGGCAAGUUGGUCCGCAACGUCAGUCCCACCUUUGACGACGUCUGGUCCCAGCCCCGUCUCUUCUGGAACUCGCUCGUCCCAGCUGAAAAGCAAUUUGUCGUCGACGCAAUGCGCUUCGAAAACUCAAAGGUCACCAGCACAGUCAUUCGCGAGAAUGUCAUCAUCCAACUCAACCGCAUCAGCAACGAUUUGGCCAAGCGUGUUGCAGAGGCCAUUGGUGUUGACGCUCCAGAACCAGACACGACAUACUACAACGAUAAUACCACCGCUCAUAUUGGUGCUUUCGGUCAGAAGCUGAAAACGCUCGAUGGACUCCAAGUCGGCGUUCUUGCGUCGGUGAACAAUGCGUCUUCCAUUGCGCAAGGAGUUUCACUGGCCGCUAAGCUCAGUUCUGUCAAUGUAGAUGUUGUUGUUGUUGGCGAGAGAAUUGCAGAUGGUGUAGACCAGACAUACUCUGCCUCCGAUGCGAUUAACUUUGACGCUCUUGUUAUUGCGGAUGGUACUGAGGGUUUGUAUACUGCUUUAACAUCCGGUAGCAAAACUUCUGGUUCUAGCACUUUAUACCCAGCCGGCCGCCCACUGAAUAUUCUCCUUGAUGCUUUCAGAUUUGGUAAGCCUAUCGGUGCCUUGGGUAACGGUGUUAAUGCACUGUCAACUGCGCAGAUUGCUACUGACCGCGAGGGUGUUUAUGUGGCAAGUGAGGUCGCUGAUAAAUUUGUGGACGAACUCAAGGAUGGAUUAGCCACCUUCAAGUUCUUGGAUCGCUUUGCACUGGAUUCUUAA